GCAAGCUUGUGAAAUCGACAGCGCCUCUGUCAUCCGGUAAAACCUAAUAGCAACCAAACCGAAUUCGGGAUGCGAAUAUCACAAGGCUGCUCGCGUCCGACGUAAGCCUGUUUGAGUUGUUCCGUGUCGUCCAUCUAAGUAGCGUCUGGUUGUAUCCUCCUCUCAACUUCACAUGGGCAAACAACUUCCUGCAUCUGAGCUCAGGCGAGACGAGUCCCUUAGAGUUGUAGACAACCGCACUGGGAAGGAAUACACCGUCCCGAUCACCCACAACUCGAUUCCUGCGAACUUCUUCAAGGGCAUUCGUGCUGCUCCGGACGAGACAGAACGCGGUUUACGUGUAGCUGAUAGAGGUUUUCUCAACACAGCCGUGAUUGAGAGUCGUAUAACAUACAUUGACGGCGACAAUGGGAUAUUGCGGUACAGCUUCCUUGAGGUUUCCUAUCUCCUCAUAUAUGGCGCGUUGCCCAGCCCGUCCUCCUUCCACGGGCCAAUACAUUCUGAUGCAGAAGGAUUCUUCCGCUCAUUUAGUGCUUUUGCAUACUUGGGAAGCUACUAUGGGGAGGCAAAUCCGAGUCUGCAGGGGCAAGAUUUGUUCACUAAAGCUGCCAAGGGUGAUCCUGCUGCACUCCAGAAUAUGGAUAGGCAAAUCUUCAGGCUGAUCGGUAAAGCCACCACAUUAGCUGCCAUGGCAUACCGUAUCCGCCAGGGCCGUGAUUUUGUUGUGCCUCCAACAGGAAUGAGCUAUACAGAGUCGUUCCUCUACCAGCUCGACCAUCUCUCACCUACAGAUCACCUGUCAGAGUCUCACUCAAACAAGCCACAUCCUGUUCUUGCAAAGGCACUCGACAUCCUUUUUAUCCUCCAUGCCGACCACGAGAUGAACGCAAGUUCAACAACCGUACUCCAGACUGGGUCGUCGUUACCUGAUCCGUUCAGCGCCGUUGCGGCAGGUUGUGCAUCACUAUACGGCCCACUCCACGGAGGUGCGAACGAAGCUGUUAUUCGGAUGCUUCUUUCCAUUGGCAGUCCCAAGAACGUCCCUGCCUUUUUAGAAGCAGUAAAGAAGCGCCAAAAGGUGCUAAGUGGAUUCGGCCACAGAGUAUAUAAAACUUCUGAUCCGCGCUCAUUUAUCAUCCGUAAGGUGGCUGAUGAGGUGUUUGCUGUGACGGGUCGUGAUCCAUUGCUUGAUACUGCGAUGGCUCUGCAUGAUGCAGCACUGAAGGAUGAUUACUUCGUAUCGAGGAAGUUAGCUCCGAACGUUGAUUUCUGGAGCGGGUUGAUCUACCGUGCAAUGGGCUUCCCGAUGGACUUCUUCCCAGUCCUGUUCGUUGUACCCAGAGUUGUGGGCUGGGUUGCACAUUGGCGACAGAUGAUGCUUUCUCCGUCGGGAGUCAAGAUCUGGCGCCCUCGACAACUUUACCUUGGCCCAUCCACACGUGAUUACGUACCUCUAGAUGAGCGCACGGGUGCUUUCCAAGUUGGUGUUGGCAUGGAGCCGAGCGUGAUUGAGCAUUCAGGGAUGACGAAGAGGCGGAAGUUGGCCGAGGCUGCUGGAAAGGUCAGGAGCAAACUUUGAGUGUGAGGGUGUAAGAUUUGCUAUUACUCAUAUACCGUUGAAUGCCAACGAUGUCUUGCGAUUUU